AUGUCUCUCUUCCGUGCCAGCUUCCCAGGCUCUGGGGACUUCGCCCCCCUUUUCCGUCUCUUGGACGACUACGAUACCCAUCGCUCUACUCGCAGCCAGCCCUCUGCUCGCUCGUUCUCCCCUCGCUUUGACGUCCGUGAAAGCAAGGAUGCCUACCAACUUGACGGCGAGCUUCCUGGCAUCGCCCAAAAGGAUAUUGACAUCGAGUUCUCCGACCCUCAGACUCUGGUCGUAAAGGGCCACAUUGAGCGCGACUACAACACUUCCAACCGCCAAGCCCAGGUUGAGGAUGAGGAAUCCGAGCAAUCCGAGCAGACCACUGCUGAACCCACCCACCGCUUCUGGGCUAGCGAGCGCGCGAUCGGCGAGUUCCAGCGCACCUUCUCCUUCCCGACUCGCGUUGACCAGGACAAUGUCAAGGCCAAUCUGAAGAAUGGCAUCCUGUCAAUCCAGGUGCCCAAGGCCACUGUUGCCACCACCAAGAAGAUCACCAUUGAGUAA